GCUAUGUUUCACCGAUUUCACGUAGCGCAUUAGAUAGAUAAAAUACUAUUGUAGCUCCAAAAUGUAUCGCGUGAUUAAAUAGAUAAAAUAGAAAUAGUUAAUCUGAGUGUGUAUCUUCUCUCGCCUCAUUGACUUGAUGGAUCCAGAUUCACUGCGGCGAAGCGGGUGAGAUACACACCAGAUACAGGCAAGUAUAAAAGGACAUCACUGUUAGUCAUUUAUCAUAAGCAACCAACUUCUCCGCUAAGUCAGCGAUUCACUGAACAGUUCGCACAGUAAAAUUGUAAAGUUAAACAUGCAUAGUCUAUCUCUGUUGGUCCUGGUGGUGGCGUGGAGCGGCGCGCAGGCGGCGGGCGGUGGCGGCGGCGUGGUGGACUACCAGUACGUGCUGCGCGCCACCACCGACCCCGACGUGCUCAUCAUCGACGUGCGCAGCCCCGCCGAGGUCAGCGACCUGGGCAGCAUCCCCAGCAGCAUCAACAUACCAUUGAACGACGUGCACAUGGCGCUGGGCGCGAUGCCGGCGGCGCGGUUCCUGGCGCAGUACGGGCGGCCCAAGCCGGCGCGCGACGCUGAGAUCAUCGUGUACUGCACCGUGGGCAUCCGCGCUGCGCGCGCGCAGCAGGCCGCCGCCAGCCUCGGAUACACCAAUGUGAAGAACUACCGCGGCAGCUACACGGACUGGGUCAAGCAGCAGCAGCAGCAGUGAGCAGCGUGCUGCGAGCAGCGGUCGGGCAGCAGCGUGCAGCAACCUGGCGUCCACUAGUUUACCGCACUGUGCCAUAACAUCCGUUUCAAUACUACCUUAAUAUUAAAUAAUAGUUUUGCAAUUCAUACCUUGGAUAUGACAAUAAAUUCUACUAUAAAUACUAA